AUGCUUUUGGCGAACAUCAUGGCCGUGAUGAUUCAUGGUGUGCUUCUAAAACGGAUUCCUCCAAGUACACCCAUAAAGAUCUGCCUCAUGGGAAACCCGUCCAUGAAAAACAACUUCGAAAACACAGGGAUGUCAAUUUCAGUGCUGACAUCACUGUUUGGAGAACAUAGCACAGACACUGUUAUAGAGAAACUUAUCCCUGUAGCUAAUUCCCAAAGCAAUGAAUCUUUCAGUGGUGUAGUCGGGUACAAGAACCUAAAAUUUCGCCACUAUGGAGUAAGCGGAAGUAAUGAUUUUCAAGUGUCCUGUUGUGUCUCACCAAAAAUAUAGGUUACGAAUAGAUCUCAAGAACACUAGAGUGGCUAAGAUUGAGCCGGAGAUUUUUGUAAAGAACUCAACGAAAACAUGGAUAGGAAAAGUCACAUGCACAAAUGUAGAAAGUCAACUGUAGAAUUUAAACGAUGAAGAUCACAGUUAAGCAAGCGAAAAAUUUUCAGACGUAGCUAGAAAAGAUACCAAAGAGACAAGAACGUAUGAAAGUAACGUUGGACUAAACUUGAAAUUAUCCGAGACAUCAGGCGAAGUCAACAUUACAUUGUCAAUUAAUGUACUUUAUGCUGUUCACAUUACAAAAACAAAACAAGAAAAAUAUGAAAAUGCAGUACAAAAAUUCACACAGCGACCAUGUACUAGGGAGGAAAAGUUCGACGAUCAUAAAUUCUCUAAUUUUGUUUUAUUUGACACGGAAACAAAUUCCACUGGAGAGCUAACAGAGCAGAACUUUGCCAGGUAGCUGCCGUAGAUCACUCUGGCAAACAGUUUCAGUUCUGCAUUCUUCCCAACAGAGACAUCGAUCCUCACACGUCAAAAGUAAACCAGCUUAUUGUGAAAACUGUUAACGGAAAGCGUACUCUAUUCAAAGAGAGUCAAGCUCUAGCAACUUUACCUUUAAAAAGUGCACUAACUGAUCUCUUAACCUUUCUAAAGGAAAGCGCAACCGCAUCUGCUUCGAACACAUCAAAGCCCGUUUGCACAGUCCUUGCAGGUCACAAUGUAUUUUCAUUUGACAUUCCCAUUCUCCUACGAAAU